GUGACCGGCCGAGCCGUGACAUGUCGCGAGACUUGACGCAGUUUCGCGCCCAAACAAUCAUCUGACAGACGACGCUCGUCUCUUUUGGCGAUGGAGGUGUCGGCUCACAGCCUCUUCCUGCUGCAGCAGCUCAACGUGCAGAGAGAGUUUGGCUUCCUGUGUGACUGCACCGUUGCCAUUGGAAACGUCUACUUCAAGGCCCACCGUGCCGUCCUGGCAGCCUUCUCCAACUACUUCAAGAUGAUCUUCAUCCACCAAAGCAGCGAGUGCAUCAAGAUCCAGCCCACCGACAUCCAACCUGACGUGUUCAGCUACCUGCUACACGUCAUGUACACGGGUUCGUGCCCCAAGCAGGCGGUGGAGCAGACACGUCUGGAGGACGGCAUCAAGUUCCUCCACGCCCACCAGCUGUGCCGUAAGAGCGGCGAGGGCGCCGCAGAUGCUGCUGUAGAUGCGGUCCGCAUGUCCAACCUGUAUGGCAUCCAGAUCUCGUCCCAGCUGGCCAACAAGGAGGCGCCCGUGCUUUCCAAGACCGUCACAGGAGAGGGGGGCGUCCGGGGCGGGCUGUCGCUGACCGUGGGUCUGGAAGGCGUCCAAUCAGACGGGCAGGCCUCUUCGCUGCGGGAUGUCCGCUCCGUGGCAUCUGGUGACGACUUAGACGUCAUGGCCGCCAUCAAGCAGGAGCAUCCGGAUGAUGAGGGCGGAGAUGUGGGCCGGGGGACGUGGUCUCCACCUCACGACGGGGGCCUCGGUCAGAGCAUGGCGUUCAAGGAGCGGUCGGCGGUCCUCACGUGUCCUCGCUGCGGCCAGCGCUGCUCCUCACCUGAAGGCCUGCGGGAGCACUUGUUUAGCCACGCCCUUGACCCCGCCAUCUUCACAGAGGGGCUGACGCACGGCAGCGACAAUAUGGAUGCCGAACGUCUCGACGCCGGCUGCCUGGAGGAGGCGCUGCGGCAGAGCCGGGCGCUCGCCACUCAGCUGGCCGCGGAGCUCAGGAGGAGCCGGGCAGGAGCGGAGGGGGCGGGGCCGCUUAGUCCCGCCCCCUCAGCUACACAUUCUCGUAAGCGAAAGAUCACGUGCGCUGUGUGCGGUGUGCGAUUCUCUCACAAGAGCCAACUGCAGGAGCACAUGUACGCACAUACUGCCAAGCCCGCACGCCACCACCGCCACAGCCGCCUCUGCGGCCAGCUCUUCCACAGUUCCACCCACCUCUGUGAGGGCGCUGGGGAGCCAGGCAUAGGGGGCGGGGCUUCAGCUAGUGGGCUGCCCGAAGAGGCGAACAGAGACGCGCAGGACAACGGCAGCUCGUGUUACUCGCUCGACUCUGAGAUCUCGCAGGAGAGCGCCGACGGUGGGCAGGGCGAGUGAUGACAUCACUUCCUGUUGAUGCGGUCCAAUCACAUGACAGGAAGACACCUGACUUAAAACAAUGACAUUAAUUUAUUGACAGCCUCGUUGAUGUGAAGUUGGUCUUUGUUUUUAAAGUAAAAGCUUUGCUCAAACAAGCUGGCUUGUCUUUCUGCUUUUAUUUUGACAGCAGCUUCACUCUUGAUCAUGUGACCAGUAAAAGUCGCUGCCGUGGUGACAAAGGCUGGUCGUAUCAUUACAAAAGCAGACGAUAGAAAAUGUAUGGAAAACUCAUUUAAACCAUAUCGCCUGGCUUCUGAUUGGUCACAACCUUCAUCAUCUUCAUCAUCCAGUUUAUGAAGGCCCUUUAUUUUUACGACGUCACUGUGAGUCCUUGUCGUCCAAGUUGGCGAGGAAGUGCUGAGCACUGAGGACUGUGUUCUACAACAAACAACACUGAGCAUCAGCGUUGCCAUGGUAAUGUCCUGUCUAGCGUCUGUGGUGGCACGCAGGAAGUGAAAUCCUACCUGCAUCAGCAUGGCCACCGUCAUUGGCCCCACCCCUCCUGGAACGGGCGUGAUGUAUCCUGCCCUCUGACUGGCUGAGCCGUAGUGGACGUCACCAACAACGCGCUUCCCGCUCGCCUUGGUUUCAUCUAGGGUAGUGGAGGCCACCGAUGUUAAUGCUAGCUGCUCGCGAGAUCACAUGACGUGACGGCUCACCUGCCACGUGAUUGAUUCCACAGUCGAUGACCACGGCUCCCUCCUUCAGCCAAUCUCCAUGCACCAUCUCUGCUCGUCCCGCCCCCACCACCAGGAUGUCAGCCCUACCCACCUGCAGACAAUUAAGUGCACGCUAGUCAUCCCCUUCCUCCGCCUCAUCUUCCUCGCGUGGGACGUCACCUGCUCAGGUAGGUUGGGUGUCUUUGAAUGGCAGGUGGUGACAGUGGCGUGAUGCCACAGCAGCAGGUCGUGCAUGGGCGCGCCCACGAUCUUGCUGCGGCCGACCACGACCGCGUGUUUUCCUGCCACGCUCACACCUGCAGCCGGCACAUUGAUUGACAGGAGGCGUGGCUUGCUGACAUAGCGCCUACUGGCCAGCUAGUGCAUUACACUCAUUGUUAGCCUCAUCAAGCACUGUGACCAGUUACACUUUGGG